GGUACCUGGAUGUUAGUCUCGCCCGAGCCUCGGGUGGUGUACACCGCAUCAUCGUGACAUUUCUGCGUUGGUGUUGAGGCGCGUGCCUGCCGUGAUGUGGGUCGGUUCGCGGUAGCAUGUGGCCGCGGCAAUGCAUAGGUAGUACGCGCACACUACGCUUGGGGAAAUUUGGAUACGCAGCCAGGUUUCCCGUUGCUGCUGUAAAGCGGCGUGGGAUUAGGGGUCUUGCAGAAGUUUCUUCUAGCAGCUUAUUCAUACUUUCGUAUUCUUCUCGAAUGCUCGGUGGUAGGGUAUGGUACGCCUCGGCUUUACCAACAUGAAGCCACUGUGGCGUCCUGAUCAGGGUAAGACGUUGGUCGAGGUCAAGAAGCAGCUUCUUUUCACGGCAAACACCGUUUUGAGGAGACGAGCUCGAGCUGGAAAGCAACCAUCGGCUUUGUCCGCUCGUGGGAUGGCCAACGAAGCUACUUUUGAGCCCAAUUCUAGCUGGGUUGGAUAUUUCAGCUACGCGUUGAUUCUGGGCACAUACUUUUUUAUCGUGGACGCUAUGAACAAAUGCUGCCAAUUCGGAUCACUAUAUCGUUUUCACCCACUAAUAGCUGAAAGGCGGUGUUUCUUCACAAACACUUCUUUUUCUGACACAUGUCUGCUUCAACUCGUCUGUCGAUGUAUCAUAAGCACGUCGUACGAUGCCUAUGUAUGCCAUCAUCCUCGGCAUUGCUCUUGUAGACGCUGGCAGCGGCUCAUUAGCAGUCUGAUCCCGAUCAUUUGGGAAUUGGUAUCUAAUAAAAACGACGUCCUGGGCAAGACCGAUGUAUUCAUUUGUGCAACAGGCAUUCUCAGCGCAAAUGUGUGCCUACUGGAUAUGAUAACGAUGGUAGCAGUUGAUGCUGGUGUAUUGUGAUACCGUGACUACAUACAUGUUGGAUUUUGCAUUCUCGAGGUACUGGUCAGACCAUGAGCUUGUACGUUCAGUACGCAAUGUUACAGCGACGUACACUGGACAGAGAAGAAUGGUCUUGGUCUAGAACAAUCGCAGAUCAAGACGUGCGUAUGCAAUGUCAUGUUUAUACAAGCACGUCACGACUAUGAAGCUACAGAUAUGCCAUGAUAUCAGUGGUUAGAGUUCACUGAUACCUUUGUCCAGUAACUCAGGUUGCUUUUCACAAAAACACGUAGCUU